GCCGCUAACUUGACGCACAUAAUCAUUUUGUAUAAAUUGAAUAGAAUGAGUCAAUACGAUUUUACGAUUAUUUUGGGAAUUAUCGAUUGAUUUCUAGGAAAACCAAUUUUCCAGUUAAUCGCAAUCGCCUGUGCGGUUAUUUUAAUUUCGAAGUUUUUGAGCGACGAAUUAAAAAAGUUAUAAAAAAUGUUUUAUUUAGUAAAAUGUGGGGAGUAUUAUAUACUACCGCAAAACAAAGUUGUAAUAAAAAAAGAAAAAUGUUUCGCGAAAUUUAAAGGCGCGAAAUACGAGGCCUUUAUUAUAGAUAAAGCUUCAAGUGCAUCUCGCCUGGAAAAUAAAUUCAAAAGCCUAAAUGAAGCUGAUAUUCCAAAAAGUGCUGAUGUUGGAGCAGAUAUGGCCACAAACUGGGGCGCCAAGGGCACUGGUCAAAAUAGUCUGGAUGCAAGAGCAGAUAUGCAAACUGAUUGCAGCGUACAGGCUGAAAUUAAUAAUUCAGAAAUCUCAAAUGAAUCAAAUGAUGAAGAGCCGCCGGAGUUUGUAUGUACGUCAGAUGACGCAAAUUAUUCGCCUCCCAAAAAAAUGCGUCUCCGUAUGGAAAAACGCGCCGUGUACGAUGGGGCCCAGGCGAAUGCAAGCAACUGGAAAACACAUUUGGGAAUUUAGAAAAAUUGGAAAAGUUGCCAUCGCUUAAAAAAUGUUCCCAAAUAAUAAAUAAAAAUCCAUGCUUUCGCGGCCGCACUUCAGCUCAACUAAAGACUUUUCUGGACAACCAGAGAAAAGCGGAGGGGAGGAAAAAAUCGUUUUAAUGGUU